AUCGAAGCAACGGAACAGCCGUCAGAUAGCCGCCUCUGUUGAUACGACGAUGUCUUCCAGUGGGCCGACGCAGCCACCCGGCAUCGGCCUCGAGGGCAGCCCCUUUCGCUUCGCCCUCGGCGGCAUUGUGGUCUAUCACCACGAAUGGGAGGCCUCCUUCGAACACGACAACACGUAAACAAACAAUACCAGGCUCCUCAGGAACCACUGCUCACUGCAACGCGCUGCAAUGCCGUUGUGUUGUACGCUGCAGGCCUGCCUUGAAGCUGCCGCAUCACCGCUCCUCUCCCUCAGUGUGUCCGACGGCGCCGCCGUCAGAUUCGUCAUCAUGCUCACCGGCGUCAACUGGCGGCGCAUCGCCCAGUGACAAAUCUGACGUCUCAAAGGCGGCCCCUGCAGGACCACCACAACCAGCAAACCGCCCUCCUUUGCCGGCGGCCGCCUCUGCAGAGGUUGCCGAGAGAAGGAGACAGAAUGAUGGCCAAAGGGGCGGCAGUCGCGGCAAGGGGUGGAGGGCCUCGCACUUGGAUGCGAUGGGCUUGCCGGUCCUCCCUGGCCCGCCCUCACCCUUGCGACGGACCCCUUACUUCGAUGGGCAGACAGAAAACGGAAAGAAGGUGAGACACCCUACAGCAUCCAUGCAGAGGGCUCAUCCAUUGAUAUGAUAUGUUCUGUUGUUAUGUGUUUGGGAUGGAUUCAUUUAAGCUCCUCAUUCCCCGGGAUGCACUGAUCUUCAAUUCGCGGUUCGAAAGCGGUGUGCAAGCGACAAGACAGAAACAGAGAAUGAAUGGUGAGUGGAACACCAACAGUGUAUAUUCUUUCUGUCUGCAGGGAAUUUGUGCAUGGCUGUCCGGAGCAAUCGUUCGCCGCAUCACUACACUCUCGUGCUGCGACACGAUGCGAAUCAGCUCCAAAAGUCGUCGCAAUGGUAUACACGCGUAUGCCUCUCUGCCCGUCUUUGUCACUCCAUCUCUUUCCAAAAUGUGUGCGUGCCGUUCCGUGACUGCUCAGGUUCUACUUUUCUGUGAGUCUGUCGCCCUCGACUUUGGACGCCCUCGAGUCACAUCACCCGUCGAGCGUCCCUCUGCAUCAAGACUACCGAGGCCACCGGUUGCCGCUGCCGUCACCUCGUGUGGUGCCUUCUACCAGCUCGUCGCCCGCUACCACACCGAGGAGCGUUGAGGACCCCAUGACCUACUCCUUUCAGGUGGUGAAUGGAUGGAGGCGACGUGCGCAUCUCGGCCCCUCAUCCAGCCUGCUGCUCUGCGUUGUUCAGAUUAUAAAUUUCACCAAGGAGGACUCCUUGUACCAAGGAGGGAUGCGCCCAUAUGUGUAUUCGACGAUGGAGGCCCACCUGCGGAGCUGCCGGUCCUGCAAGGGGGGCUCUUCAGCCUCGAGGCGCAGCUGCCCAAACCAACACAGCGACAACGAUGGGGCCAAGACGAUAGACAACACAUUUGAUGUGUGGUCAGCCACAGGUGAUGACUGAUCGGUUUGCUGUCGAGCCACGCAUCCUCUCUGUGCGUCUGCAGCUGUCGACAACGUGUCAUACUACCAGAACGAGUUCCCGCGCAAUCUGGACCUUGUGACGUCCAAGCGGGUGACCGUCAACCUGCCCCCGACGGCCAACGGGUUGGCAGGACUCAACAGCAACCUCACUGGCUACUAUUCGACGCUCGAGUUCACCUACACCUUCCAACACCCACACGACACUGUCUACUUCGCACACGUACGUGGGAAAGGAACAAGACAAACACAACACGGCGUGGCUGCUGGCUGCCUCUCAUAUAUAUCUUGUGGGUCCAUUCAUCGCUCAGUGCUACCCAUACACCUACACGUAUCUGCGAAGCGUAAUCGCCAACAUACGGGAGCGGCCGGAAUUCCAAAAGGUAGCAAAAAACCACUCAUACAUCCAUGUCCCAUCUCCUGACCAGUCCGGGCCCGUCGCCUCCCUGCACACGAGCUCCGUGUGUUGUGUGUUGAUGGACGCAGAUGUGCUCCAUCCAGACGCUGUGCAAGUCAGAGGCGGGUUUUUCUUGCCCCCUGAUCACCAUCACCAACCCACAACCGCCCCAACCACCGCGGCAGCCCACCGACAGCCAAUCCAAUGAUCCGCCAGAUUGCCCCCUGACGGCUCCUGAGGACACACAGGAGGGAGAUGUCGUCGAUCCUGGGAGCCUGACGUCGCGCGUGGUGGAUGAGUGUGUGGUCGACGGAGGGUCCAAGGACGCUAUCGUCAUCAGCUCUCGAGUGCACCCUGGGGAGUCCAACUCGUCUUGGAUACUUCACGGACUGCUCAGGUUCCUGCUGUCGGACAAAAAGGUGACCGACAUGCAGGCAGCUUUGCUGGUAGAUGAACACCCAAUCGCCACUCACUCUUUGCGGGUGCAGGAGGCUGUUUUGCUGCGCAACGAGUAUCUGUUCAAGAUCGUCCCGAUGCUCAAUGUAGACGGGGUCGUGUACGGACACUACAGGACCUCACUCACAGGUCAGUCAGCAGACGACCGCUACUGAGCCAGCCACAGCCACUCGCCCCUUUGCCAUGUUGAAAGUGGCUGUCUGUCUGUCUGUCUCCAGGUGAUGACUGGAACAGGGUUUGGCAAGCCCCCCAGCCGGGUCGUCACUCGGCAGUCUAUCACCUCAAGGGCCUGCUCCGCAAGUACCACCAGAGGGCCGCGGCAGCCAGCCGACCCGCCCUCUCGUCCAAUGCCCCUCCUGCAGCCCCCGUUGCCCCCUCAGGGCCUGGUGUGCUCGUGUACUGCGAUUUCCAUGGCCACUCCAAGAAGAAAGACGUAUUCAUGUACGUACAAUUGAUAACGAGAGAGACACGCACACUCGACAGCCAACGCCGGGCAUGGUUCAUGUACCAUAUUUGUGUGGGUUGGCUAACGGGCGACAGGUAUGCCAAUUCUGCCAAUCAGUCGAUCUUCCCGUCCACAUCUAAGACUCCGUCCCCCUCCCGCCCCCCCACCCCUCCUCCCCCGCCCGCCGCCACCAGCGGCGAUCGCAGCCCACAGGCGGCAUCUUCCGGCCCGUCGACACCCCCGCCCCCAUCUCGGCUGACGGUGAGGCUGCUGCCAGACCUCAUGGCCAACAGAUGUCCCGUGUUUUCCAUCGCAAGUGAGUCAGUUCGCAGACCGACAGGAAAUGCAUCGACUGAAUCGACUGAAUAUGGAUUGAUGUGUGUGUGUGCAGAUUGCACGUUUCGCAUCGAGAAGCAGAAAGAGGGGUCAGGCCGGGUGGUUGUCGGCCAGCAGCUCAACAUACCUUGUAGCUACACUCUCGGUGAGCCGAGCCAGCUACCCAACCCACCGUCCUUCUUUCCUUCCGGAUAUCACGAGGGUCCACCUUUUGUCUGUCCUGCGCUGCAGAGGCUUCCUUGUAUGGGAGUGUCCGUGACUGGGAAGGCCGUGAGACGUCUGACUCACUGCUACAGCACUUCUCUGUCGAUGACCUGCAAAGAAUCGGUACGCGCGGCCAGGGCAAACACAGAACGCACGCGGCGCGACACGCUCUCGUAUCCUCUCCGCCGCCUUUGCACGCAAAGCAGGUUGUGACUUUGGCUACGCUCUGUAUGACUUCAUGAUGCGCAGCAAAGGGGAAGGCCAGCAAAGUGGCGCCGUGACGCCACAGCCCCCCCAAAUGGUCCGCACGCAGGACGCCACCAGACCUUCCGAGUCAUCUAGCCCCAAAGAAUCCAGCAACAGUGACAACGCCGCUGGGGCGGCAGGCCCGUCCGACAGCUCCUCGAGCGCUUCCCAAGGCCCGCCUUGCCCGUCUCUGGCCACAAGGCAUGCUCAUCCUUAUUUCUUGUCGCCCGCCCCCACACAGCCGCACUGGAGGGCCGCGAAUGGCGUAUCGGCCCAUCUGCUACUCGCGGCACGAGAGGACUCACGGCCAAGGAAGACCGCUCUCUCUCUGCUUCGCAGGGCCGGAACAGACGACCUCAACGGAGCCAGUGAGGCCAGGAAGCAGCCAGGGGUGUCGCCUGCCUUGGCGCGUGUGCUGGCUGCCAAUGCGAAGAUUGAAGACACUCGAAAGACGUCCCCGCGCGUAGGAAUUGAGGACCGGCUGGCGCCCAUUCGCAGCCUCGACGAGGUGUCCUCCGGUGACAGCCCCAAGCAGAGGAGCGGGUUGAUGCAGCUGACACGACGCGCUGUCAACGAAGGGCCCGUGCCGCCAGACGGCUUCUCAUUCGAGACACCCGUGAGGCCAAAGGAGAACCUUCGCCGUGGCAAUGGGCUAUCAGCCUCGCGGCCGAAGUGGACGUCCGUCAAGUCUGACGAGCUCCCAUCUGCUACUGGUCUUUCGACCACCAGCGGCACCAAGCGGCCUCCGAGCAGUGGCGGUCCUCCCUAUCGCUUCCGCCCUCGCCAGUUGGGUAAGCUCGCUGCAGGCCCUUCCAUUCUGCUGGACCUGCAGCGAGACAAGAGCAUGGCGAGUGACGACGACGUGCUGAUGACGGGCGAUCUGCUGGAUUCCCCCCGCGGGCGGAAGCAGCACUCGAGCCUCCGGUGGGGCAGGCUCCAGAUGAAGGCCGCCAAAAGGCAAGGAGGCGCUGCCGGCAGGAGGGAGGAAGGCGGCAUCACUGCACAAUACGGGGCUGACACGAUGUCUUCACGGAGGAGACACCAUUACGGCAGAGAAGAGUCGUCCCCGUCUUGCGGCUAUCGGGGAGAGCAGCACGCGCAGAGAAGCUACUCGUUGAACGACCGGCGGAAGCGAUCGACACAGGACGGCGGCGAAAGCUUUUCGCGCACCCUUGGGAGGAAGGGGAACUCUCUUGGCUUUGCCGGACAGGUCCUUAUGCACGGCUGAGCUGAUUGAUCGCUGGAUGAGAUGCCUGGACAGCACAGGUCCCUCCCUGAGACAAGACGGUUUGCCUGCUUCUAGACCAU